AUGAACUUGGAAACUUCUCUUCAGGGAAUCGAGGAGCAACAAGAAAAUGAUACCGGGCUGCUCUCUUAUGGAUCUUUUCUCUGUAACGCUAGCCCAAAUUAUUCUCACGAACCAUCUAUCUUACAACAAUCUCCAUUCACUGAGGCAGAAGCUGUUCAAGUCCCCUUGAGCUCCGACUGGUCCCGUUUCGGCCAUCCGGGCAACUAUGCCGACACGGCUAGUAACGCGCAGAACUUCCCAAACGGGGAAUGCUUUGGGCCGCCCUUGUUGAACCAGCCCACGCUUUAUCAGGAUUAUUAUAGCGCAAGUAGCAUGAGCCCAGAUCCAGACGUCGACGAAUAUCAACCCGGGAUCGUAAGCAGCUGUCAGGGACAACCAUUUAAGGAAAGCGAUCGGGAAUACAAGCAUGAUCGCCAACGCCCCGACCUGGGACCAAAUCGUCAACGUAUUCAAUGCGAAUACCCUAACUGCGGGCUCUAUUAUGCGGAUCGGAGCUCUCUACUCAAACAUCGGAAAAAUAAACACCUCUCAACGUCCAUGUACUGGGCCGCCUGCAAGUAUCCAGGGUGCCAAAGUCAGCUCCGGGGGGGCACGGAGCAACUAGCCUGGAGCAAUCUUCAAACACAUCAAAGGCAAGCUUGCAAGCAGGGGACUCACGAACCGUGGAUUUUACAUAUACCUAAAGAGUUCAGGAGGGAAAUCAGAUCCAUUCCGCGCCUUCAAAACGAGUCAGUUGCCUAUAGUGUCGAGGGCUAUCAUAAACAUUGA